AGGGCCGGUUUUUUGGUUGGAUAGAGAAAGUGCUCAUCAAAAGAGAGAGAGAGAGAGGGAGCUCCAUCUGCGCAUGCUUUAGAAACUUAUUUUCCUACUAUAAUGGAGGCAAAACGAGAAGAAGGCGAAGCCCAUCUUCCCUCCAAUGUUGCUGCCCCGAGACCGAGACCACCCACCCCCGACCACCCUCCCUACGCCGAGAUGGUUCGGGUGGCGCUGCGAGAGCUGGCGGAGGAGGGCGGCUCCACGGAGGCCUCCAUCUCCCGCUACAUCCAGUCCAACUACACUCGACUCCCUCCCGGCCACUCCAGACUCCUCCCUUACUACCUCGGCAAGUUCGUCGCCGCCGGAGACGUCUCCAUGCUUUCUCCCAAUCGCUUCGCCCUCCCGUUAACUCCUCCUUCCCCAACUCUCCUCCCCCUCCCUCACCACUAUCCCAUUCCAACGCCCAAUCAUCAUCCUAACCCUAAUCCUCGUCGAUCGUCCUUUCGGCAAAAAAACGCCGGUCCUCAAAUUCCGCGCCGCCGUGGGAGGCCACCUAAAAUGACCACGGCCACCACCUCUGGCUCCGCCGUCGGAGGCCUUAUGCUUCUUCCUCCUUGGCCAAAAAGCCCGCAUCAUGUGAUGGAUUCGAGCGCAUCGCCGGCGCCGCCGAUACGGCGGGGACGGGGCAGGCCGCGUAAGAACCCUGAGACGAAGGCUCCGACUCCCGUUGAGCCGGUUCCGAGGCCGCGGCUGAUCAUUCGGCUACGAAGCAAACCUCCAAACCCCAUGUCUGCUGCUGCUGCUUCCGAGGUUACGGCGGUUGAGGAGUGUGAUUCCGGAAAUAAUGUGGAUGGCUUGGAGGCAGCACAGAGGAAUCCUGAUGAGGAGAAGGCAUUGCCGGCCAAUGUUUAUAUGAUUGAAGAGUCGGCAUUGUUGCCUCUGGUUUCAGUGCCUUUGGAACCUGAUGUCGAAAUGCUGCAUAUGGAUCAAAUGCAGCCAGAGCCAGAGGGUGGUUUGCUGCUGCUACAGCCUGAGUCUGAAUUUUUGCUGCGAGCGCCGGAGCGAGCUGAGAACAAUGAAGACCGGUCGCUGCCGACCUCAGUAAUGCCUGAGACCAAACAAGAUCAAUCUGUGCUGCUGGGAGCAAGUUGGUCCAAAUCCAUAGAGGAAUCAUUGCCACCGGCAAUUCAGGCUAAUGCGGAGUUGCUGCUGCCGACCAGUGUGCACCUCGAGCCAGAGCCAAGUGAGGAACCACUGGCAUCUACCCAACUGCAUGUUGAAGUGAAAGAACCAAAAGAAGAGUCCUUGUCAUCAUCUAUUGUUCAACCUAAGUCUGAUGAAUUAUUCUUGCCUCAAGUUUGUGUUCAUCCAGAACCUUGGAAGGAAGAGUUAUUGCAGCUUCUCCCACAGCAAUCUGAGACUGGAAUAGACUUGUUCCUGCUGCCGGGUCCAAUGCAAUCCGAGCUCCAUGAGGAAUCGAUAUUGUCGGUCUCAACACAGCCUCAGCCUGAAGAACAACUGGUGCUGCCAGCACCGUUGAGUAUGGAGCUUAUAGAAAUCUCAUCACAACUGGCACCAGACCAACCUGAGUCUGUUGAGGAGACAUCACUGCAGCCAGAGUUAGAUGGGGAAUAUUUGCCACCUGCCCAACUUCCGCCCGAGCCCAAAGAAGAGCCAUUGCUGCUACCUUCCAUUCAGAUAGAGCCCAAAGAAGAGCUUUUGUCACUGGCCUCCAUUGAGCCUGAGGUUAAAGAACAGUCAUCCCCACCUGCUCCAAUCCCUGCGGUGGAGAAGGGCGAGAAGAGUGGGCAUUCUAGUAAGCACAGAAGAACGCAUGCUAAACAUAGGAGACUCUGGUUUGAAUGUUAAGAUGGAGAAUGGCCUUCUUUUCCCUCUUCUUCUCUGUAUUGUGCUGUUUAUGAAUUUUCUUAACUAGCUGCUCUUGUUGAGUUUAUCUGAAACUGCUUACA